UGAUACUGAAAGCCGAAAAUUAUGCAAGAAGAUGAAAGUAGAUCCUAAUUCAAAGGAGAAAGGAGUGGAAUUACUCCAUUAUAAGGACGGUGCAUUUCAUACUGAAUAUAACAGAGCGGUCACAUUGAAGUCUGUAGUGGCCUUUCUCAAGGAUCCAGAAGGUGCACCGCUAUGGGAGGAGGAUCCUGAAGCCAAAGAUGUUGUGCAUGUUGACAGUGAAAAGGAAUUGAGAAGGCUUCUGAAGAAGGAAGACAAACCCCUUCUGAUGAUGUUCUAUGCCCCAUGGUGUGGUGUUUGUAAGAGAAUGAUGCCAUCUUACCAGCAGGCAGCCACAGAACUGAAGGGUAAAUAUGUUCUUGCUGGGAUGAAUGUUUACUCUGCUGAAUUUGAAAGGAUAAAGGAAGAAUACAAUGUCCGGGGAUAUCCUACAAUCUGCUAUUUUGAGAAAGGAAAGUUCCUGUUCCACUUUGAGAACUAUGGUGCUACUGCAGCAGAUAUAGCAGAGUGGCUGAAAAACCCACAGGCACCUCAGCCACAGGCUCCGGAGACUCCCUGGGCAGAUGAAGAAAAUGUAGUUUAUCACCUGACUGAUGAGGACUUCGACAAGUUUUUAAAAGAUCAUUCAUCUGUGCUAGUGAUGUUCCAUGCACCAU